AUGGAGGGAAAUCGAAAUCAAGUCGCUCGUACGAUGAGUGAGUUAGCGGAAGCAGGAUUUAGCCCGCACGGAUACCCAGGAGAAAUUCCCGAGGAGAUCGAAGAGUACCUCGACAGAAACAGCUAUCAAUUUGAUGAGCUGAUUGGCCCUUUGAGCAGCAUUUUUUGGCUAGCAGGGCUCGACAAGCUGGUCGAUGCAAUGUACGACCCAUCCAUUGUCCUCCAAGACGAGGUACGGGCCAUCCCGAUAAAUGUCCGCGUAACAUGGAUCCUGGAGCACCUAAUCGAAGAGGGCAAAGUUCCAAGAUCGAUGUAUGAUCGGUAUUUCUUUGGAUUCGACCAGCCCCCGGUGGUAAUUAUGCCAAUCCGGCUCGAUCCAAUCCCCUCCCAAGUUGGAUACCGAUACGCACUUCAGAGAACGGAGGAGCUGUUUCCGGCAUACAGACCCCAGUGCCUACCGCGAGAUAUCGCUACCGUUCGAGUCAAGAGAAGCCAAAACAAACACUGCCUAACCGCGAAGAUCCUUGAAGGCUACGUUAGCAAGCUGGGCGGUGGAUCAUUCUUAUACCGAGUGUCUACUCGGACCGCAUUGGCUGCCUUGAUGGCUUUUUUCGCCCCGGUCAUCCAUAACAACACCCUUGACAACGAGUUGGGGCCAGGCAUUUACACAUCCAACUCUCUUGAAUGGGUACUGAGAUUUAGUUCCAUCAACAAUGCAUUGUUGGUCUUCAAAAACACAGAUUUUCGCACUUUAGAGGUGUGGAAUCCCCCCGUUUCCGACUGGCAGCAUAAUGUUGCGACUUGGACCCGAAAAUCUCUAUCAAACGUACCAGAUUCAGUACCCCUGGAAUCGAAAACUGCCGACGUGACUCAAGGGCCAAUCUCAGAGUCAAAUUCACGGAAGAACUGUCUGCCAGCGCCUGGAAAGGUCUCACAGAGAGUUGCAGCUAGUUAUGCGGGAUGUGUAGCGCUUUCUGCAUCACUAGCGAUAAUAAUCUGGUUCGAGUAG